AGUAAACACGUCUACGCCCGAACGAAAGCUAUUACGAAACUUAAACCGUACCGUACGCGUUUAAUUCAUAACGUGCACUGAAUUUUUAUUUUGAAUUUAGAAAGAUUAUAAAUAUAAAUUCGUAUGCUCUGACUGUGCGGAAGUGUUUUUUUGUUGUUCACUUUUUUAUAAAGUUUUUUUUCAUAAAGUGAUCAGACAAAAUAGGUGAUAUAAGAAACAUAUACAAUAAUUAUGGAAAGUGGUCGAAGAAGCCGAUUUGUAGUGGUGAAAAUAUAAACUGGACGUUAUGCUACUACCAUAUAAAGCGGAUUGUAGCCAUCCAAAUGCCGUUUUAUGAUGAUAUGGGGGAGGACCCCAGUUUAAACUUCACCUUCAAUGUUAACCUAACAUCGGCGCUGAUCGAGGCGUCACGAGGGGUGCAAAACCCUAAUGUGCUGUUACAAAAAUUCUCACAAAACAGGAAGGUUGAUGACCCCACUAGAGCUUUACUCCUCACCUUUUAUGGAAUCCUGGUAGUUAUCGGCGCAGUUGGAAAUGCACUCGUAGUUAUAUCCGUAGUCAGGAAGCCAGCAAUGAGAACUGCAAGGAACAUGUUUAUCGUCAACCUUGCUGUUUCUGAUGCCCUGGUCUGCUGCGUUGGCACGCCACUCACAUUGAUGGAGCUUUUGACCAAACAUUGGCCAUUGCCAGAUUGGCCAAGCCUCUGCAAAGCCUGCGGCGCGAUCCAAGCUAUAUCGAUAUUCGUGUCAACUAUUUCCAUCACAGCAAUUGCCUUGGAUCGAUACCAGUUGAUCGUGUACCCAACGCGCCCUGGAUUGCAAACAAUGGGUGCUCUCAUCACAAUGUUCUUCAUAUGGGUCACAGCAUUCGCCCUUGCGUCACCCCUCUACACAUUUAGAACUCUAAAAACCCAUAGAGUCGGCAUAUUAGGGUUCGAAUUUAUACAUUUCUGUAUUGAAGACUGGCCUUACGAGAAAGGUCGAGCCAGCUACUCAGUUUUUAGCUUAAUAUUCCAAUACCUUGUACCAGUCUUAGUGGUCGUGAUUGCGCAUGUCCAAAUCCACAGGAGACUUCGUGGAAGGAGAAGGACAACCAGAAAAACUCCUGCAAUCCUAAUAGCUAUAGCUGUUACGUAUGUUAUAAGUUGGUUGCCAUUGAACGUGUUUAACAUGGUUGCCGAUUUUAGUUCACAACCUAUUCUUGAAGAGCAACCGCUGACAAUAACGUAUGCGGUUUGUCACAUGUUCGGCAUGUCAAGCGCUGUAUCCAAUCCUUUACUCUAUGGAUGGCUGAAUGACAAUUUUAGGAAGGAGUUCGAGGAGAUCCUUUGCUGCUGCAGGAAAAAAAGGCCAACGAAGAACAACAUAAGGGCUAAUAAUAGGAAAAUGGACACGGAACUAACCGCUCUAGCCCAGUUGGAGCACACAGUGACUACGAACACAAAAACCUCACAAUGUUCGCAAAUUUUCUGACUAAAGUCUUGUUUCAAAUAGCAUGAAACCAUUGAAAUGCAAAGCAUCUGAACUUUUUAUUUUAUAGCCCGAACAUUUGAGUACCAUUAGAUUAGUUUUUGUACAGUGUAAUGGUGUAAAAAGUUCCUCAGUUAUUUCGUUGUUUGUUAAUAACCUGUUUAAUAUUUAAGAUGUAAAUAUAGAUCUUCUUUAAAUAUAAGUCUAGGAAUAAGGUCUGGACAAGAAAAUAACGGCGAUUUACGUUUUAUUGAGCCCAGAACGUACAUCGCCAGUUAUACUAUGAGAAUGUGA